UUUACAUGCUGCACAGUCUAGACAAAACGAUAUUCCAACGCUGAGAAACUUCAACAAAUCUACACAGAAGAUCAGACAUGGCCAGCAGCAGCAGCAGCAGCAGCAGCAGCAGCGCUGUCAACAUGGAUCCAGAUGUUGCUCUGAGGCUGUUUGAGGAGGGAGCCACCCUGGUGCUGCUGGGUGUCCCUAAGGGCACAGAGCUGGGGAUCGACUGCAAGAGUUGGCAGGUGGGUCCUCGCUUCCGGGGAGUAAAGAUGAUCCCUCCAGGCCUGCACUUCCUACACUACAGCUCUGUGAACUCACCGACAUGUGGGAAUGAAAUCGGCCCAAAGACGGGCGUCUUCCUUCAUCUCAAACCCAGAGAGAUCCUGUUGGCUAACUGGGACCCCAAAGAGGAGGAUCUGGAUUUCUCAGCCUCUAAGAACCAAGAGGAGGUGAGUCGCAUCCGGGCGACCUUACAAGAGCUGGAUCCAUACCUGGGUCCUUAUCCAUAUGAGGUGAUGAGGAAGUGGGUGUCCCUCACUGACCACCUCAGUGAGGAGCUGGUCAAUAACCUGCAGCCUUUGUCUGGCAGAAUAUGUGCCUACUGUGACGUCAUCCCCGAGAUUGAGUACAGACACACCAAAGACAGAGCAGAGCAGCCGGUCAACGACACGGUCUGUCAGAGCAUGAAGGAGGGACUGGACAGGCUGCCCAAGAUGAAACUGAGGGAGGGGACGGAGUUACGCUUCUCUGUCAUCCCCGAGAAGACCUACCCAGCCGGGGCGACACCAGCGGAGAUCACCCAGUGCAGUAUGGACCUGAGCUAUGCUCUGGAGACUGUACUGAAGAACUAUGAGCUUCAGCCUCUCCACAUUCUAGGUGAGCUGCAGUUCGCCUUUGUGUGUUUCCUCCUCGGAAACGUGUACGAGGGCUUCGAGCACUGGAAGCGCCUGCUGGCUCUGCUGUGCCGCUCAGAGGAGACCAUGGGGAAACGGAAGCAGCUCUUCCUGGACCUCAUCACCGUGCUCUACCACCAGCUGGGAGAAAUCCCCCCCGACUUCUUUGUGGACAUUGUGUCACAGGACAACUUCCUCACCUCCACGCUGCAGGACUUCUUCCAGUUUGCCAGUGGACCUGGUGUCGACGUGACGCUGCGUAAGCGAGCGGAGAAGUUCAAAGCUCACCUGACCAAGAAGUUUCGCUGGGACUUUGAUGCAGACUUGGACGACUGUGCUCCGGUGGUGGUGGAGCUGCCUGAGGGUGUCACAGUGGACUGAAACUGCCACUAACUACUGGACUUAAGGGUCAAACUGGGUGGAUUUAAGUAGAGGAAGUCACUGAUGCUGGAGGAGAACUGAAAUUGGUUGAUAUCUUCUUUCAAGGGUUUUUUGAGCAUAAAACGGUCUAUACUGUAUGUGAUCACAUGAGAGACAUCUAAGAUGUGUUUUAACAUCCACUUGUGAUCAGAUCUAUCAGUAUGGAUGUGAUUGACACCUUAAAGGGACAGUUCAGGCUUUUUGAAUUGUUGAUGCAUCAUUGUCUUAAGAUGGCGUAAAUGUCUAAGAUCUGUCCUCUGGUCAGCCAUGUUGUCCUGAGCUAGCGCAUGCGUGCGUGCGUGUGUGUGUGCAGUUACUUUAACAGCAGAUUUAACAUGUUGACACUUUUCUACGUGUUCUAGUGAUGGGCUCCCUCUGGUGUUGUCUGUCGUGCAGCGAGUGUAACAACUGUAAUGACUAUGAAGCGUCCUUCAUCGUGUUAGGUGACUUAAAUGUGCGUCAUUAUGAACCGUAAACCUGGGAUCUUUCAUUUUUAUACUUUAAGUCUUUUUCUGUCAUUUUAAAACUGGAAACAAGUUUUCUGUAUUUUCUGGACAUGUUCCAAUAAAGUGAAUGAGAAAUAAUUAUAGAAUUGGCAAAACAAUAAAUCUAAUGGCCGACUAUUGUACAUCAACAAUCAUUUUUCAGCUCACACUAUAUUUUUUUUUAAAAUGUGUUGCCCCUUUAGAAACGGGCUGAUUUACCAUUAUGUAAUAUGGUAAAUCCGUAUGAUGAAAAGAUGAAAACAUGAGCAAACUUCACUUUUCUAUGAUUUAUUUGACUUCCUUUUAAUGAAUUAAAGACAAUUUAAAAAACA